AUGAACCCGCACGAUGACGAAGACAACCUGGACGAGGGUGACGACCCGGAGAACUCGGUCAACAGGUCGGAACGCAAGCGCAAGCGGGAAAAACAACGCAGAUUUGAUUUGGCCAACGCGUUUACCGAGUUGGGAAGCCUGCUGAGUAUGAUUGAACCGGAGGAGUCGGACGCAGAUGCCUCACGGAAAAAAGGUCGCCGGAAAUGCGUAGGCGAGGUCAACGAAGCCGAAGUCGGAGAUGCGUCGGGGAUGCCGCGCCUCGAUCUCAUUGGCCGAACGAUUGAAACUCUACGAAGAAUUCAUCAGGAAAACCUUGAACUGAAACACGCUCUCGAACAAAAGUCAAAUGUGGGAGACGACAAUAAGGUAGGAAGUUUAGCUUUUUCGUUUCUGUUGUGGAUACGAUCACCAUUUUCGGGAGGUAACAAUUUUUUUAAUUUGUUGCAGGAAGUGCUGGUAAUGGUCCCGACAUUAACUUCCACGGAUGACCUCAGAGGUCCGCCACCUCCGUCGUCUUCGGGUCCUUAUCCGUAUUACCAUACUCCAAAUCAGCCGCCACCCGUACCGCCGCACAUGUCUCCCUCACAGCAUCACGAUUAUGGGUCGCAUUCCGUUCCAUAUUAUUCGGCUCCUCCACCACCAGGUUACCACUAUGGGCAACAGUCGGGAUGGAAUUCACUGCAGCCUUCUCAGGGAAAUAGGGAAGUGUUGCAGUUUGCUCCACCACAUCAACAGCAAUACAGCGGACAACCUGUUGGAGCACCUGGAUCUCGCCGUGGGGGCUUGGCUGGGAAAUCUCCGAACGCAUAA